GGUGUUCUUUGAUGUUUUCACUCAACGUGAGCUCAAUGGAUUAUGCUUGCAUUGUACCAACCGAGGUUGUCCUUGGCAUGGCACGUAUGAAGCACUGGAGGUGAGUUGGGAUGGUAGGAAGGAGAGGGGAGGAACGAAGGUGAAAAUAAUUUGAGGAUUGAAGAUUGCCACUGUAGACCAAAGCUGGGGGACAAACUUAGCCAUUUUGCAGAGUGGCAAGUGCAUGCACCAUUUUGCAGCUCCUUGAAUGAGUAAAAUGUCAGUUUAAUUAAGGUUGAAAAAAAUUCUUGCAAUACUACCGUAAUAAUAAAAGUUAAAAAUGAAAACUAAACUACAUAAACAGUAACGUGUGAUUGGAAGUUGUGCUGUUUUGUUGCCAGUUAAAUCAGAGUUAAUCAAAAAAUGGCAAACGAAAGCGAAGAUUUUAAUGUCCAAGAAGAGGAACGCACACAGAAAUCCUAAUACUUGUCCAUUCUCACGCGAUGCCCGCGACUUAAUUAUGUUUGCACGCACGAGAUCUCGUUGAGUUUUCCCCUAGUGGCCCCACGUGUUACUGAGGUUGGGGUUUUUCCCCUUGUGUUUGAAAACUCGAAAAAAAGAUUAAAAUCUACUAUGAGCUGUUUAAAGUCUAAUUGACAUUAUAAAGAAAGAAACAAACUUACGAAAAUAAUCACAAUUUAUUGAGACGACUGAGUAUGUUUUUAAUACAUCUUUUUUCACUUGGGUAAAAAUGCCAACCACUAUGGGAAUUAUCGUGCAAGUAGAGUUUAAUCUUUUUUUCCCAGUUCACUAUUCCAUUGUGAAUGAUUAUCAGGGGUCGGUUGCACGAAACCGAAGGUGGCGAACCGUACAGACCAUUCGAGAGUAAGUUCUUGAGUCUCGUUCACAUAACAGCAACAGAAACUAGGACAACCCAGCUAAUAAUGUAACCAUAUCUUUGUGACUUAGGGACAUUCUGCUGUCUGUGAACAUGCUUUGAUAAAUUGUGUCAAUUCUGAGUGCAGGAUGAAAUUCCAACGCUUUCACCAGGGUGAACACUUGAAAAGUGAAUGUGAAUAUCGGAAUGUGAAGUGCGAUUUUUGUGGGAAGGAUGUCGCCUUUGCCUCGAUGAAGGUAAGUAAAAAUAAAGUAACUGUUAAGAAUAGUUUGAACAAUCCAACACGUCACGUCGUCUUAUGUAAUUAACCUCAAAUUCGCUGUUCAUCUAGGAACAUGUUGAUACGAUCUGUGACGGUGCACCCGUGACUUGUAAAUAUUGUAAUAAGAAAGAUAUCUUAAGAACAGACAUUGAAAGACAUGAGAGACGCGAUUGCGAAGAGGUUCCGGCGACUUGUGAGUUUCAAGCUGUAGGGUGCAACCACGCUAAGGUACAGUAAUAGUUAUUUGCUGUAUUCAUGCACUGUCGGCUGACAUACGCAGGUUUUCCCCCGAUAACUCUGUUUGAGUUUCUCCUGUUGCAACUUUGCACCAAUAUAGGAUGUCCUUUGCCUUAUAUGAGGGCUAUCAUGAUAGCUAUGGGCAGUAAGGGAUGAGUAGUACAAAUAAACCAGGUUUACCUCAAUCCACACCACUCGCAUCAGAACUCUUCUCCAUUCUAUUUCGAUGGCUCAUACUGGGCCUUCUAGGCAGUAAAUAGCAUGAAUUUAUUUAAGUUUCCUAGGAAAAAAAGCCAAUCCAUUUAUGUUUGUGAAACGUUAUAAAAUGUAUUACAAAAUCUUGAUUUUUUAAAUGCAAGAACUUCAAAACUUUGAAAACACGGGAAAGGAAAACACGGAAAAUGACCUUCGAAAUUGGGUGGGAGGCAUGACCCCAGUCCCCUGCCCUUACGUGAGCGCACCAAUAACAAAUUGCUCACGACUGUACUGCCUACUGAACCUGAAAAAGGAACAGUUUAGAACUUUCAAGUUUAAGUAACGUUGACACUUGGCAAUAAAAAGCUACGAAAAAUUGUUUGCUGUUGUUCAUGUAUCUGAUAGUUAAGAUUAAGUUUGAAUAAAAUAUACUUCGAAAGGAUAUACACGUAAAAACGCACAUUGCACGUCUGCAAACAAGUUGUUACAAAUCUGUUCACAACUUGUCAACAAGUUGUGUAUGCACUGCUUGUUACCAGGGGUUGUAACAAGUUUGGAACAAGCUGUUAACAACUUGUAACAAUUUGCAAGCAUAUUGGCAUUAUCAGACUUGUUACAAGGUUGUUCUAACAAAUUUGAUACAGUCAUAUGAUAUAACAGGAUACAACAGGAAUGUUACAAAGUUGAUAGUAUUGUUAUUUAUAGUAUAAAUUUUGCAUAUCAAAUGAGCUUUUACACGUUCUGAUUGGCUAGUUGACGUCCAGUAAAUCUGACGCAAUAUUUACUAGCGGAUUAUAGUAAAUAAUGCUUUCCAAAAGGAGUGAUUCGGUGAACUUUGUUUUAAAAUCGACGAAAUAUUAAAAAAUCGUCCUAAAAAAGCGAAAGAAGCACAACAUUUUGUGUUAAACUUAAAAGGUAAUACGUAACCUUUAUUAUUUUACUGUGUAAACAUAUUCACGGACAGUUUAAAACUUCUUUAAAACUCCAAAACAUUCACUUCAAACAAAUAACAAAACUAUCCCAACUGUUGGGAAAAACCUUGCCGUGAUAUUUUAAUUAAAACACAAUUUAUCCUAUAGAUAUCUCAAUUUGUCAUGUUUUUGUUGUGCUGUAUGGUGGCCCGACGCUGUGUUGUAUUUUCGAAACUUGUAAGUGAAAAGUGCAUUAAAACUUUAAUUCGUGUAAUAGUUUUAUAUUUCAUUUUAUCAAUUUUUUCAGUCCUUUUCUGAGCAAAUUAAAGCCAAACAGAAACAAUUUUUAAUUCUAAGUCUGGUGAAAAAGUUAGUCCGUCAUUGUGUUUAAUAUUAAAUUCCAAGCUGAAAUUCAUCGAGAAAAAUAACUUUUUUAAUAAAGCAAUAAAGGCACACUGGAAGCCAUUUUGAAAGCGUGCGGUGACAAGAAACACUGCAACACUAAACACUAUUAUUUCUGAAUUUUAAAUAAACUGAUAUUUGGAUAUUUUGUUUUAUUUGUUUAAACAAUUAUUUGCCACUGGCUUAGUAAUUACGGUGAAUAUUCACCUCGACUUCGUCUCGGUGAAAUAUUCACCGGUAAUCACUUCGUCUUCGGCGAAUUAUUGUUAUAUAAUGACUGUAUCACACCUGUUGGAAUAACUUUGCAACAAGUCUAAUAAUACCAACAAUGCUGUUGCAAGUUGUUAACAAGUUGUUCCAUAUUUGUUGACAACUUGGCACAACCAGUGCGAGCACAACUUGUUGACGGCUUGUUGGCGGACUUGCUGCAAGAUUUGAGCAUAAUAAUAAUACUAGAGUUUGGAUGCAGAUGAGAAAAUGCUAAAUUGACAAACGCUCAACUGCCCAAUAAUCUUCUAUAAAUUAUUAUUUGCCAUCCAUCUUUAAUACAAUUUGUAGACUUUAACGCGAAAAGAUCUGCGUCAUCAUUUGAUUGAGAGAUCGAUAGAUCAUGGUGGACAGCUACUGCGGUAUACUUUUGCCUUUAAUUCUCAGCUGAACGACUUCAUCCCACGUACGGAAUAUACAGGAAUGUCGCAGAAAAUCCAAGAUGAUAUGACUGAGGUUCGCUCUAGCUUGGCCGAGAAAUUUGUCAUGAUAGUAGAAAAGUUGACUGGCUUGGAAAGACGGGUUGAAAGCUUGGAAUCCAGUCGUGGGGGUGAUACAAGGAUUAGAAAUGAAGUGCAUGAGCUAACAAGUAAAAUUAGAGAUCUUACUACUGAAAGCAGCAACUUACGUGAAAGUAAUACGAGUUUAGAAAGAGAACUGCGUGAUAAGGUCUCAAUUAUUGAUCGUUUGCGAAGUAAGAUGAAUCAAAUGGAUGAGUCUCUUGCUCUGAAUACAGUCAAAAUUACCGAUUUGCAGUACCAACGAGGUACGUGUGCACAACAAGCUAUCUACAGUUACAAUGGCACUUUACUGUGGAAGAUUGAGGGCUAUCAGAGAAAAAGGCAAGAUGCCAUCAAUGGGGUCAAGACGGCUUUGUACAGUCCACCUUUCUACAGCGCUCAGUAUGGUUACAAGGUGUGUGCUAAGAUAUAUAUGAAUGGUGAUGGCUUUGGAAAAGGCUCGCAUUUGUCUUUGUUUUUUGUUGUGAUGAGAGGUGAUUACGACGCUCUUCAAACCUGGCCAUUUCGAAAGAAGAUCACGAUGAUGCUGUUAGAUCAAGGCAAUGGAGAUCAUAUGAUUGAUGCGUUUAAUUCAGAUCCUCAAAGUUAAUCUUUUCAACGUCCGAAGUCUGCUAUGAAUAUCGCAUCGGGUUCUCCGCUCUUUAUGCCACUCGAUAGCUUGAAUAAUCGUCAGUACAUCAAGGAUGAUAUCCUGUUUAUUAAGAUUAUCGUCGACUGAACAAGAUGAUGUUGAUCAGGCGUUUAUUUGCUAACGGGCUUGUGAGAGCGGUGAGAAAAAUAAACGCCUGCGGUAACGCCAUUUUGAACAGCGUUUUCGCCCUUUUACAGUGAUCGCCAAUUUCAAUUAGCACCUUUGCACGUUAUUCAAUUAUGUUCCAGAUUUAUAAUUAGCAUCAUGUCAUAGGCAGCCCAAAAAUAUGAAUAUAAGGAGGUGUAUUAGUUUUUAAUUGCCCUGCGAGAACAAAGGGAAUAGCCGCAAUCAUGAUAUUAUGAUAAAUAAACAAAGUAGAUUAUAUGGACGCGCGAGGGUCAAAAUUUUCACCACGCAUUUUUGGGCUGCUUGUGAUAAUGUGAGUUUUUUUGCGGCAAUUUAUAAUUGCUUUCUUUCCAUAUCCUGUUGAAGAACCACGAGAACGUCUUCACAACGCAGUAAAUGGACUUUCUCUGUUCUGAUUUUAACUAAAUUUUGAAACCUAAACGACUUGAAAGUUGAAAUAUCAGGCAGAGAUUCUUCCAACGCAUUUUCAGACAGAAUUGAAUCGAUAAAUGAAACGCAGAAUUGGAUUAAGAGAAACAGCACACAUUUAUUUGCUUAAAUAAACGCCUGAAGCAAGCGUAGCUUACCUAAUUACUUUCGGGGGAAUUUUUCCGACGGAUAGCAAAAUUGAUAUGCCCAUUAUUAUUAUUGAAUCAGCUACAAAACUUGCUGAUUCAAUAAUGCCCAUUAUUAUUAUCGUCGUAACAAAACUUCAGUAUUUGGACCUUAUGAGGACAUGUAAACUGCUCCAUGUCCGAGACUUUCUAAAAAUCUACAAGAAAAUAAAGAACUGGUGGAAACAGACUAUAAAUAGGGUAUGAAUAAAUUCUAGUUAUGAACACCAUAUAAGGACAUAAUUACUGUAUGAUUGACAUUUAGGAAAAAAAAAACAAUUUUAGAGUACAUAGCAAGCGAGAGAGAAAGAGGUGUGUAAACAUAAUAAAACAUACGAAAUAAAAUCGAACAAUUUGGCGAUGAAAUAUACAGUGAAUUGUCGAGAAGGACUAAAGAACGGCCCUUUUAGUAGAGCAUUCCGACAAAGUGGCGGCACCUGCGACGAGAUCGAAAUAUGGAUAAACUAGAGAAAGAUUUAACCGGGAAAUUAAAGCUAUUAAAGUUUACGUUCAAGAAAACAUCGAAAAUUGUGAGCAAGGCAAAUAUUCUCGUCAUUGAAAGACAACGCGAAGCAUUGAUAAAGAUUACUGCGAAUAUCGAGGAGGUAAAACUACACAUUUCGGAAGGAAAGUUUGAACGGGGAGACAACGAUGAAACGAUUAGAAAUUGGAGUAAAAAUAUCGAAGAACAAGUCGAAGAAGUCGAUGCGGAAGUCGGAAAACUACAAAAAUAUGUGGACGAAAUGAAAGCCAACGAAGCGAGCAAAGCGAAAGAAGCUGAACGGGCACAACAACUACAAUAUGAGAAAGAACAAUACGAACAAAAACUGCAUUUCUAGCACAAGGUUGAUGAAAUCAAGAAAGAUAAAACUAAAAAAAGUCGGAUCAAAUUCAAACGAAGCUUCCCAAGUUAAUUAUUACCCCCAUUUAAUGGCGCACCCACCGAUUGGCUUCGUUUUGGAACAUAUUUGAAACCGAAAUAGACAACAACCGUGAUCUAGCACCCGUAACCAAAUUUGCAUAUCUAAAAGAACUUUUGAAAUGAAAGGUUAGAUCAACUAUAGAUGGACUACCAUUUUCAACUGAAGGAUAUACCAGAGCAAAAAAUAUUUUGAAGAACAAGUAUGGCAACACCACAGAGACUGUCAACGCCUAUGUGCAAAAUAUUAAGGCUUUAGCAGUUAUUAAUGGUACACAACCCUGGAAAAUACACGAUAUUUAUGAAAAAUUAUAAACGUUCACGCACUCGAAACUUUAUGGAAAAUAACUGAGAUAAAUGAUUAUGUGCGAACGUCGAUAGACAAGCUUGAAGGGAUACGGGGAGAUUUACUUCGAACGGAGUACAAAUGGCGUGAAUGGGACUUUCCGAAAUUUGUCGAAGCAGUGUGAAUGUGGACCGAAAGGAACCCCUGCCUACCACGAAAGAAGCCGAGUGAAUUCGCAAGUCGGUCUUCCUAUAAUACCCAACAACGUACCUGUGUUUAUUGUGGUAAACCAGACCACAAAACAAUCGAUUGUGACAGUGUGACUAAACCCGGUGAGCGAAGGCAGAUUUACAGCGCAAACGACUCUGUUUUAACUGUACCGGUUCAGGGCACAAGGCGUCGGAGUGUAAAAGUCGAUCGAAAUGUCGGGUCUGCGAUGGGAAGCACCAUUCUUUCAUUUCUGAAAAACCACCGAAAGAGAACCUAAUGACAACCGAUCAAGGAAACGAACAGCGUGUUGUAUAUCCAGUUGUGGUUGUUGAUGUGCAUGGAGUCAAAUGUUGUGCGUUGCUGGAUUCGGGAUCAAGUAGCACCUACGUAUCAGCCGUCUUGCUCAAAAGGAUUGGAGUCAAACCCAUUAGUUCGGAAAUGCGCCAAAUCGAAAUGAUGUUGAGAACCACAACAUGAAGGAUGAACGUUUACACUGUCAAUGUAAGCUCGCUGAAUAAGACUUUUGAAAAGGACAUCAAUGUCAGCAAAGUGGAGAAGCUUCAACUCAUGACUUUAAAGAAUCCUGGUUAUAAGAGCCUCCACAUCUCGAAGGAGUAGUCAUGGAUGACACCGACAACAAGACCAACUUACCUGUCCACUUAAUCCUGGGAAUUAGUGAAUGCACCAGAAUAAGUAUAGUAGAACCGCCGCGCAUCGGUGGAGAAUGAGAUCCAGUGACUACACUCACCAAGCUGUGAUGGACUAUUACUUCACCUGGGCAGGAGUUUGACGUCUCAGCAAUGUUACUUACCCAAACCGUACAAGUUGACUACGAUGAACUGUGCAAACUAGAUGUUCUUGGUCUCACAGACCUCCCUGUUGGUGAUUGAAGAAUUUAAGGAGUAGCUACAAAGAAGUAAAGAUGGAUGGUAUCAAUCUGGUUUCCUUUGGAAAGGUAAUCACCCGGCGCUGCCAACUGGGAAAGAUGUCAGUUUACAUAGAUUGAACACUCUAGUUCGCAAGCUGGAGAAAUCAGGAACGAUAACGAUUAUGAUGCAAUCAUCAUAGAGCAGCUGAACCAAGGCGUAAUAGAGCAUGCCCCAGACACAGUGGUCGGCGAAGAAUGCUACAUUCCACAUAAGCCAGUGAUGCGAGGGAAAGCAGAGAGUACAAAACUUCGAAUUGUGUACGAUGCUUCGGCGCGGGUAGAAGAUAAUGCCCUAUCUCUCAAUGAAUGUCUGAACCCUGGUCCGCCACUCCAAAACCAACUCUGGAGUGUGCUUGUAAGAGGACGAUUUAAUCCUGUAGCCCUCAAGGCAAAUAUCAAGCAAGCCUUCUUACAAGUCCGAAUUUGUGAAGAAGACAGAGAUGCUUUAAGAUUCCUCUGGUUAAAAGAUGUGAAUUCAAAGGAGGUGGAGACCUUCAGGUUUACUAGGGCAUUAUUCGGAUUCGCCCCAUCUCCAUUUCUUUUGGGCGGAGUGAUCAAACAACAUCUUGAAGUGUGGCGCAGUAAAAGUCCAGAAACUGUGCAUGAAAUCGGAAAGGGCCUCUACGUGGAUAAUUUAAUAUCAGGCGCGACAACCACCAAUGACACCAAGCUACUCAAAGUUGAAGCUACAGAAAUAUUCGAGGAUGUUGCCUUUCGACUACACAAGUGGCAUUUGAACGAAGUUAUACUGGAAUCCAACCAACAUGAAGGAUCAGACCUUUGCAAAACAGCAACUGAGAUAGUCAGAUAACGGGAACUGCAACCUCCUUGGGCUUGCAUGGAAUAAGAACAAAGACACAAUUAGCAUUACUAUUUCGAAUGAGGAAGUAUCAACAACCAAACGAGGGGUUCUAACGAAAGUAUCAAAGACCUGUGACCCAUUGGGAUUGGCGUCACCAUUGUCACUAACUGGAAAAUGCUGUAUCGAGAAGCGUGCAACUUUAAAUGUGGGUGGGAUCAAGCACUACCAAUUUACCUCGGUAACAGGUGGAAACGAUGGGAAAGAGAGUUACUGGAAUGUAUAACAACAGUGAGGUCUCUGGCAAAGUACCAAGAACCAGUCACCAGCAUCACUCGUCAUGACGAUGCGAGUGGAAACGACGAUGCGAGUGGAAACGACGAUGCGAGUGGAAACGGAGUAGCUGCAGCCACUUAUGCUGUAGUGUCUCAACCAUCAGGGCAAGCGCAAGGGCUCGUGACAGCCAGGACACGACUCGACUCGCCAAACAAGGACUGACUACACCUCGACAAGAAUUAGUUGCUGGCCAUAUGGCUGCUAAUCGUGUCACUAAUGUCAAGGAAGCAGUCGACGGUUUCCCUGUAGCAAACUCAUAUUAGGAAGUUUACGAUCUACGACGCGGCCGGCUCGACGACGCGCUUUCAAAACAAAGAAAUUUGGUGUUUCCACAAACAAUAGUAUUACGUGUUUUAUCGCCAUGCAAACCUACAAAGAACUUUUUGUCAUGCAAGACAAAAACUGUCAAUAAUUUGUGGUCCCAUGAGUAUUGUCAAACGCGUUGUCAUUCUCAACACAACGUUAAAAAAGCAUUAUUACGUCUUUCAGGCAACGCGAAAGCUUAAUGCGACUCAACAGGUGUUACUAAAAGUCGAAAUUACAGCAAACGUUGCAUCGCUUUAGCCGAACGCGGUGCAUUUUGUAAGGUUAUUUGAAAGAGUCAAAUAUUUAUUACAGUAAUCGAAUUGCUUAGCGCUCAUUCUUGAGCUAAAAUUUAGACCGCGUCGUUUAGCCGGCCGCGUCGCAGAUCAUAAACUCCCUAUUGUUGGUUCGAUAGUACGGUGGCCCUUCAUUGGAUUCGAGGCGAAGGAAACUACAAGCAAUUCGUGCAAAACCGAGUCAACAAAGUUCAGCUUAAAAACUUCAUGCAGCCGUCACGGUGCUGUAGACAGCCGUAGCGGUGCUGUAACGCAGAACAACGAGCCAUGGUGGAACGGACCAAAGUGGCUUUCCAAACCCCAGGAAUGGCCUGCAAACGUCAGUACGAAAGCUAAAACUUGGAGAGGCUAAGAAAGUUCGUGAAUUGUUCAAAUUGGCGACCAAACACGAACCAGAUGAGUUCACUGAACUUAUUAGACUUGGUUCAAGUCUGUCUCAAGACAAAAGUAGGAGAGACGACGGACUUGGGACAUUUGCAGCAUUUCGAAUGUUACUUGCAAAAAUUGACGCGAAAAUUUGUUGUUGUUCUCAACUGGCAAGCCACGCCUCUGUACGAAAAACCCGUCGGUAAAAUUUGGCGCGCUUGCAGGGUAUCCAAGUCCGUCUCUCCUACUUAUCUCUCAUAUUUUCGCGCCUUUUUUGACCGCUCCCAUGCAUCGCUAUUUUCAACUCCUUGAGAGACGGACUUGAACCAAGUCUACGAACUUCUUGGAAGGCGAAGUUACUGGACGGUUGUCAGAACGUGUGUAUGGAUCGCGAGGUUUGUGCACAACGUGAGAAACAAAAAUAAAGUGGCCGGUCCACUAACUACAGAAGAGAUUGAAGCACAAAAGAAAUUUUGGGAAGAAAAGGCUCAAUGACAUGGCGAAGUGAGUGAGAAGUACGACGCUGACCGAAUGCAACUCAACCUACAGUGAAACUAAUCGGGAUUGUUAGAAUGUUGAGGCAGAGUAGGUAGGCAGGUAGAUUAGGUAGGUAAGACUUUAUUUAAAAGAUCACACGCUGGCCUCGUCAACUAUGUGCUGAUUUCCACGAGGGACGUGUAGAUUACAUGAUAUUAUAUAACAAAAUAUUUUACACACUAAACUACAAAUAACUACAAAACAAUUAUAUUACAUGAUAUUAUAUAACAAAAUAUUAUACACACUAAACUACAAAUAACUACAAAACAAAUACAUUAUAGUACAAAAUUAAUAACAUUAUAUUAGAAAUUACAAGCGUCAAUUGCAUUUUUGAAUGUUGAUAAUGUAUCUGAAUCACGCAUAUCUGCAGGUAAUGAAUUCCACAGUUUAGCUCCAUCCAUAAUAGAAGUUUUUCUUAAGGUUUUCAGUUUUUGGCAAAGGUGGUUGUAGUGAAAUAGAGGAGCCCCUAAGAUCAUAUUCUGUUGUUUCUUUUUCGUACGAAAAGAGUAGCGAGUGAACUUGGAGCCAAACCAUUUAGAACUUUACUUUGUACAUUUGUUUAACUUUAGAUUUGGCUCGUCGAGUUUGAAGGGACUCCCACCCUACCAGGAGUGUUGUACCUCAAAUUCAUUAUUAUUGCAGCUCUGUUCUGCAGUUUUUGAAGUCUGCUGGAGAGCCCGACACCAAGGGUAUCCCAUACCUCAUUACAAUAGUCAAAAUGAGGACAUACUAAAGCAUUAUAAAUAGAAGACAGAGUUUCUCUGUCAACAAAAUAACGGAUUCUUUGCAUAGCUCCAAUUCCGGACGUAACCUUUUUAACUAAAUUUGCAAUGUUUUUGUUCCAAGAUAGUUUUUCGUCAAUUUCAUUACUUUAUUCAUUUUCGUCAAGAUCAUUAUCUCAUUUACCUUCCAGAUACUGAGGUCUACACAGAGAAAUUCGUACAGCAAGCUCGUGAAGGUACACUCCACAGCGGAGUGGGACUCGCGGUGGCAAAGGUUCGCGAAAACCAUUGGGUACCUCGCCUGCGACAGCUAGUGAAACGGCUUAUCAAGAAAUGCCCCAGUUGCAAGAGGUUCCAGAUCACAGCUCUGGCCAGUUCACCACCUGGUUUGCUCGCUCCCAAAGGAUCGAACAGAAGGCAACACUGCUUUUCAAGUAGUUUGAGUCGAUUACGCACGGCCCCUUAAGAUCAGAGUUGGAAAAGAAGGAAACGCGAGAAGGAAAAGCAUAUAUCAUCUUUCAUAAAAUACACAGUGAAUUGUCGAAGACGGCCCUUUUAGUAGAGCAUUCCGACAAGAACAAUUAUGUAUUUAGUGAACUUGAUAGACACUGCACAUAACAACUUCGGAAUCCGUAACGUGCGGAUUAACAAGUUAAACACCUCCGACCUAAACUUCGUUCCCCCCAGGAAACGUUUUGGGCAAGCGCCAUGACCAAUAAACUUCUCAUUCCAGGACAGUGCCUCCUAUAUAUUCUUUUUUAUUCAAAAUUUUGUACUAUUUUUCCCAACAACUCCUUCCUUAUACAAGUUUUCACUCAACAAUUACAAUUUACGUUUUAACCUGUCGUAUCUUAUUACGCCAGUGCCUGUGGAACCCUUGUAUAUAUACUACCAAAAUUAUAUCUUAUUUUAGGCAAGCGCCUUUCUGUGUAUCAUCAGACAUAGUAUAGGUAAUCAUGCGAUGGCGAGUACUAUUAAUCCCUAAUUGUACGAGCAACAUCGCAUGAUUACUUGUUUAUUAUUAGCAUGGCAAAAUUGGAUACUUCUCAAUGUCAACAUCAUAUAUUCUCUCGCCAAAGCCCAGUCAUCACGAGUACUAUUAAUCCCUAAUUGUACGAGCAACAUCGCAUGAUUACUUGUUUAUUAUUAGCAUGGCAAAAUUGGAUACUUCUCAAUGUCAACAUCAUAUAUUCUCUCGCCAAAGCCCAGUCGUGCCAGACUUUCAACCAAAAAUUUUGUUUGUAUUUUCAUUUAGUUCUUUUGUAAAAGCAAAAUUUGGUGCUUUUGUUCGUAUUUUCAUCUAGUUCCUCCAGGGCAAUUUCAUUUCGCGCUUGUGUUUAAAAUACCUUUCCGCCAUUUUGUUUGUUUUGGGAAAAUCAUUAAUUGUACUGCAGUACAAUUAAUGA